AUGGGAUCAGCAAAGUCCAAGCCUGGCAUCAGUGCAGAAGAAAGAUGGGCUGCUCUCCCAAACUUCUGCAAGCACUACUUUGAGUACCUUUCCACCAAGGGAGGGUUUGUGUUGACGGCUGAGCAACGUGUGAAGAUUGCAAACUUGACAUUAACAAGUGCAAUAGAUUGCCCGGGUUGUGCCUCUUUGCCCAAAGAGGCCUGCCUGCCACCUGGCAUUAACCUCUACAAGAAUAUCGAGGGACUUGAUGCUGAAUGCCACAGUGAUGUUUUUGCCCACAUGGUGCAUUCCAUUGUCAAUCAUCAGACACGCAUUUUCAAGGAUCCUGCUUGGUAUGAUACAACUAUGGAAAGGCUAAAGGAAUCCAACCUGCUGGAUGAGGCACGGAUGAUGCAGGAAGGAAUGACCUCUGAGCAGCAAAAGGAGUUUCUCUACUAUGGCCUGUUUGCUGAGAUUGUUUUAGUCGCCACAUGUGUUCAUGGGCUUCACAUGAUCACAAUCAUGAAAGGGGAAGCCCCUCCAACGCCAAUUGUUGCUGCAAAGGAUGCCACUCGUCCAAGUUACUUUGAUUGGUCCAAGGUUUUCCAUAAAGGCAAGACAGCCACGCACAACACACGCCUAGCAACCACGCCCUAUGUCUCUAAGGCCAACAUUGAUACUAACAGUCCCCACUUCAAGGAGCUCAUUCCAGACGACAAGGAACGCGCCCUGCUCUUUAAUCUGGGCAUGGUUCCUUUUACUCCAUUUCUUGCCAUUACUUGGAGCCCAGUAGACUUUGGCUGGGCAGAGCAGCUUACAUCCAAUUUUAAUGUUGCUACUGAAAGCUUCACUGAUCCCCAUAAUCCUUUGGAUCCAAAAGCUCGAUGUUCUGACCAUUUCUUCCGCCGUGAUGUGGAGGUCUUGGCUGUGGCUCGGGGUUCCUACAAUAUGGCCCCUGAGGCACGGGAAGAGUUGUUGGAGAAGUUUGCCAAAUCUGCUACAUCUCGUCCUUUGGAUCGCAAUGCCAUUGCCAAAGUGCGAGAGGAAGUCCUGAAGGAGCUGGGACCGGAGGUCCUGGUGGAAGCAUGUGGUGUGGUGGGAACCUUUGAGUGCGUUACAAAGUUUGUAGAUGCAUCAGGCAAGAAAGUGCCAUCAUCCACAAUUCGAAGCACUGGUGCCUUUAUUAUGAGUACUCGAAAUGCGUUCCACAACUUUUCGUUUUCGUGGUUGUCCAGCAAGUAG